AUACGCAUGAAUCCAACAAAGUAUAAGCAAACAUAUUUGUGGACGCUCACUUUGUCUUCAUCGUGCAUCAGAAAUCCUGCGCAAGAUAAACAACAUGUUUCCAUUGGGCGCGAUACGCAUCUUUGAUAUUAAGUUCAGGUAGGUCAUUAGGAAGAGCAUCUAUCUUCUGUGUGAGCGGAAUGUUGGGUGUCAGUACGGCGGAAUCCUCAGCAUCUGACGAAACAGGAAUUAUGGGCCUUGAAUUAAUGAUGGAACAUACUUCUGCCAUGAACGUAGUCAAGAUGGCUCAAAUGACUACGCCAGUCCGUCUUGCUUUGGUACUCUCUCUGUGGAAUUUAUGUGCGUGGAUUGCAGCUAUAUUGGCGCCUGGUUGGAUUGUAAUGAAAAAUUCAGAGGAGGAAACAGUGUCGGUUGGCAUUUUUUAUACGAGGAGCUGUUCACAGUCUUCCUGCGAGACGACCCAUUACUAUGGUUCUGUGAAAACUUAUGUUGUGUUGGCGAUACAGAUGGAGAGCGUUUUGGCAGUGGUUUGUUGUGCAGCUGGCUGCCUAAUACUGUUGGUAAAUGUUAAUGCCAUAACCCCCUCAAAAGCAGUCACUGGUGGGAUUCCCUUAUGUUUGGCAGCUACCAUCGAGUUUAUCAUCAUCAUUCGAUGGAUUGCUGUGAACUUGGAUGGCAGGGAUUUGCUUGUUCCCUACUUCAUCAUUAUUGGCCUAUUAGGAUUCCUUGUUCUUUUUCCUGCUUGCAUCCUACUUUUGAAUCGCUACAACAGACCACAAGGACCUGUUGGAGAUGGUAACCAAGAACUCGUUGAACUUACUACUGACAGCAGUCUCUAGAAGAACUGGAGGAUUACCAUCAAUGACAGAAUUCAUAAUAUCGAACUUUCGUGACACUGAACUUGAAAUCAAUAAAUUAACGUGUUUAUCUUUAUAAUUUUAAUUAAAAGAGGGGAGCUGUCCUCAAAAAUGUA